GCGAGCCGAGGGGCGGAGCAAGAGGAGAAAGACGCGGCCGGGGCAGCUGCGCCAGAGGCGAGGACCGGGCGGCGGGGAGAGGCGAGUGGGGACCCGGCGGCCGAGGGGCGCGAGGACGGCGCUGGGAGGCGGGGGCAGUCCCGCUGCGGCGGCGGUCGCGGAAGGAGGCUGGCUCCGGAUCCCUACCUGCGCAGAGCCUGUUAUUUUGUCCAAAAUCAAAACUGCACAUCCACAGAGGAGAGAUUUCAAAGAUUAUCCGAGAAUGUCAAGAAGAAAGUUUCUGGAAGAGAGCUCUGCCUUUUUCUCUUGUGAGCAUGCUUGCCACCCAAGGACUAGUCCACCAAGGUUAUUUAGCAUCUAACCCAAGAUUUGGAUCGUUGCCCAAAGUUGCACUUGCGGGUAUCUUGGGAUUUGCCCUUGGAAAGGCAUCAUACAUACGAGUAUGCCAGAGUAAAUUCCAUUCCGUUGAAGAUCAGCUGCGUGGGGCUGGUUUUGGUCCAGGUCAUAACAGGCACUGCCUGCUCACCUGUGAGGAAUGCAAAAUUAAGCAUGGAUUACAUGAGAAGGGAAGUUCACAGCCUUCAGCUUCUUAAACUUGUAUCUAUGGCUUUUGAUGUUUCUUAAACCUCUGAAUUUGGACACAUUUAAAAUUUCAAGUGUACUUUAAAAUAAUAUACCUAUAGUGGAAUAGAAACAUUGUGAUUCUCUCACUCUUUUGAAGUGCUUUCUGUGGGAGAUUCUCAGUUGAAUUGAGCAGUGUAUAUUUGUGUGCUAUUUGAGAACAUGUCCAGCGCAUUCACACACCAAAAAAGAAACUAUGUGGCAUUGCUUACAGCUGAGUUAAAAGAUCUUGGAGUCUUCUCUGAUCUACUCUUUCACUCUGCCUUUGUUCAGGGUUUUAAGAUCUCUGAUAGAGGAUAGGAAUGAAUGUUGGGGAACUUGGGAAGUCAUGCCCCACAGAAAGCCAGUGUGUAUAGAGGUAGAAACAAAGGGCAAAAAGGUUGUGUCUUACAGGCUUGAGUAGUGCUUUCUAAGAUGUAGGGACGAAGAUUUUUAAUUUAAUAAAAAAAAAUUUCCCUUGAAA